CUGAAAUCAAUUAAUCAAGUCUCAGACCAAUUAAUUAAAUUUUGAAACCAUGAAACUAAUACUUGGGUCGUGUUUGGCAGCCAUUCUCAUUGCGUCGGUAGUUUGUCCGUAUACGGAGGCCGACUGCAAGACAAAGGCGGCGUUCAGUGCAAAGGCAACUCAACUGACGACUGCCAUCACUGGUGCCCAGCAACAGUUGGACACCGUUAUGGCCCAGAAGGCCCAACUGCCGGCGCAAUACCAGACAGCACUCACCAAAUUGCAGACCGAUCUCAAGACCUUCAAAACCAAUAAGGAGAGCCUGAACAGCAAGGUACAAUCCGGUAAAAUUGAUUUGCCCACUGCGUGUCAACAGGCCUUAACUAUGGUCGAGCAGUUGAAAACGGACCUUCAAGCUGUCACCCAGGCGGCCGGGUAGGGUCACCCCCUGUAUGUGUAUUCCGGUUUUAUCAUUGUAUUUAUGGUUUUAUAAUAAAUUUUUUUUAUCGGUAAUACGGUAUCGACAAUGAUCAAGUACAAUUAUAUGAAUGUAUUAACAAAAUUUAGAUUCUGUAAUGU